CUUAACCAGGCGCCGGAAACACGCCGGAAGGCCUCCGGGCCGGGUGGGCGGGGGUAGCGGCGCGGGGGUCGCUAUGGCUACAGAGCCCGCGCAGGCUGGGCCGGCCGCCCCUUCGCUGGUGGAUCGUUACUUCACCCGCUGGUACAAAGCAGAUGUCAAAGGAAAACCCAGUGAGGACCAUUGUAUACUACAGCAUUCUAAUCGAAUAUGUGUCAUCACACUGGCAGAAUCUCAUCCAGUUCUUCAAAGUGGAAAGAGAAUUAAAAGCAUCUCCUAUCAAAUCAGCACCAACUGCAGCAGACUUCAGAACAAGGUGUCCGGGAAAUUUAAGCGGGGGGCACAGUUUCUAACAGAACUUGCACCUCUGUGUAAGAUUUACUGUUCAGACGGAGAAGAAUACACCGUAUCUAGCUGUGUCAGAGGACGACUGAUGGAAGUGAAUGAAAACAUUCUCCACGAGCCAUCCAUUCUGCAGGAGAAGCCAUCCACCGAAGGUUACAUUGCAGUUGUCUUGCCCAAAUUUGAAGAAAGCAAGAGCAUAACAGAAGGUUUACUAACGCGAAAACAAUAUGAAGAAGUCUUGGUGAAACGCACGAAUGUUGCAGCGGCCACCUCCUGAAGGCUGGCGUGGAGAGGGCAUGCGCAGAGUGGACACUUCCCGCCCCCCUCGCCGGGCCGUGGGCUGCCGGCUGCCCCACAGAGGCGGCUUCCCAUCCCGCCCCGGGAGACCUGCCCUGCACUGCGCCCAGUUCUCGUUCCCUGUCCAACGCGCCUAAUCCCCAUUUCAUGUUUCAGCCUCCCAGACUGCCGCCCGGGGACUCCCUUCCUCCUCUGCUGCAUUUUCUAACGAACAGUACAUAAGCACAGGGUAUUAUUUUUGGUUAGUAACAAAAUAGAUAUUUUCACGUAGAUAUUGUAGCAUUAGGUACUGGUCUUAACUCAGUUUUCCAUCAUUGGAAGUUUUAAAAUGAGUGGAUCCUUCUGACCCUUCUUACCUUUACUUCACUGUGAUAUUACCAGAAAGUCUAACCUAGUGUUUCUCAAACUUUCUUCGUCCUCCCCUUCAACCUUGUGUCCUUCCUGUGCCCUAGCCUACCUGUCGGCUCCCUGGUCUCAUGCUGUGUAUCUCCCCCCCUCCCCCAUUUAUUGAUUUUUUUUUUACCUAAAACCCUUUUACAAUGAAUUUCAGAUAAAAAGAACCUUAAAAUUUAUUAUUUUUCCUGAAAAUACAUGCACACAUUUAAGUACCUCUUGUUGAGUAAAAAUGACUUAUUUUUACUUACAUAUUGGGGGCCAGGGAGAUAGCUCUAUAGAAUGAGCGUAUGCUUGGCUUGCAAGAACAUGAACCUUUAACAGCUGAUCCCCAGUACUGCAUGGACCCCAGGGCACCAAGACACAAUAGGUCCUGCACCCUGCGGGCUUAGGCAAACCCCUUCCACCCCAAAAAAGAAUGUCAGGCUUAUAAACAUUUCUCCUGUUAUUUCUAUUGUAAUUUGAAAGGAUAUUUUGUUACCAGGGAUCAAAAAGUAGUGAUUUGGGGUUUUUAGUUUGGAGGGUCACACCCAGCAGAGAGAGAGAGAGAGAGAGAGAGAGAGAGAGAGAGAUGUGUAUAGCCAUCCAGGCUUUAUAGCUGCUGAACAGGAUGGAAUCUGAAGGCCUCCAUGAGAUUAAUCAUUACAAUGAUUAAGCUAAGGAAGUGACCACUCGUGGUGCUCAGAUACUAGGUGUGGUGUUGGGGAUCAAAGUGGAUCUGGCCACUUGUAAGGCAAGCUCUGUAACCCCUAUACUAUCAGUAUUUCUCAGAGUAGAUUUCAUAAGACAAGGUAACAGAUAAUAUUCGGGACAGACGGGCCAACCAUGCCAGAGUGAAAAUGUAAAGCCGUCUCCUGCUUAGUUCCUCCAGAAUCCUGUGACGUGAGCUCACGGUGUGACUUCUGGGAGUGGGGAAGCAGCCGGCACCUGGUGAGAUGCCUGGUGGGAACACGUGUGGUGCUGACAUGAGCUGUGGCAGCACAGGGAAGAGCCCAGUCACAGACGAGGGAAAGAGUCAAGAAAAGCCCCUGGGUUUAAGGAAAAACCCAGGUCCAGCCAGAACUACUGUGUGUUUUCUGCUGAAGAUUAGACCUUGCUGAUAAGCUGAAAAGUGGGAAAAAAAAACACC